AAGACGUGAAAAGAGAUUUUUGUCUUUGACUGAAUAUUUCUAAAAUUAACAUAAUGAGCACCGGAAAUUAUCAGUCUACCGAUAAUCGGUACAGGGAUGCCGCUGACGUACCGCUAUUUGGUGAUCACCAGCAGCCUAGAGAUCGGAUGAUUAACUUGGUUGUAGGAGUAUUUACAAGUAUUGUUGUUGCAGUCACCCUCAUCAGUGCAUUCAUUUUCCCAAGCUUCCCUCCAAAUGGAAUCAAUGUCUUCUUCGCCAUCAUCAUCGUAAUGAUAUGUGGAUCUCAUUUACUUCUGAUUUUCUGGUACAGACAAGGUGACUUGGAACCAAAGUUUCGGCGAAUGAUUAUCUACAAUGCCUUUACCAUAAUCCUACUGUGUGUUUGUGGAAAUCUGUAUUUUCAUAACAUUCUGAGGAAGCACAGCUCCUGAUGUCCAGUUUGUUUGUUUGUUUUGUUAAAUAUGUUCAGAGAAGUUAAGUUGUUCUAACACUAAGUGUACAUGUUUACAUCUAGUAUCUUUAAACAAAGAUGAGUCCUUCAAAAGAAAAGGGUUUUCACGUGUGCCAUACAAGUAUAAUUUGUGAUAUUUUAGGUGAAGGCAGGUGAUGUGUAGAUCAUUUCAUUGUCAUUCUUUAGCAUGUGUAGAUGGUAUUUUUUUCAUUUUCAUCAUUACUGAAGUAUCAGAAGUUGUAUAAAUGCAGAAGGGCUUUUUUUUGCUUCUGAUGAUGAUAUGAUAUGUAGAAAUAAGAUUUAGUUAGGUUAUAUUUCAACAGUUUUGCAGGCAAGAUUGGUUAUCAGUUAUUGUACUCCCACUCCUUAGGAGAGAGGGGUAUACUGUUUUACCCUUGUGUGUCUGUCCAUCUGUCUGUCUGUUUCUAAAAACAUUUUGGUCAUAGUAAGUUUUCUCAGCAACUACUCAUCACAGAUGGCUGAAAUUUUGACACAGUCUUCUCUGAGGCGGCAUGCCAUUGCCAUAUGACUGGAUUCAUUUUUGUUCAAAUCCAGUGUCAACUUCCUGUUCAUCCAUGCAUCUGUCCAUUUCAUGCAUAACAGAUUUUCGUCACUGUUUUCUCAGCAGCUUGAAAUUUUAGCACAUACUUUGUUGAUGCAUGCCAUAUGGUGUUAUUCAUUUUUGUUUAAACCUGAUGUCAACUUCCUGUUCAUCUGUGCGGCUGUCCUUUUCAUGCAUAACAAAUUGUGGUUGCAGUUUUCUCAGCAACUACUCAUCACAGAUGCUUGAAAUUGUAGCACUUUCUUCGAUGAGGCAUUCCAUAAAGUGGGAAUUUUUCUAUAUGAAUCUGAUGUCAACUUCCUGUUUAUUGCAUCUGCCCAUAACUGAAAUCGACAUAUAUAUUAACAUAAUAGACAGAGUAUAUUCUCAUCAGAGCAGGGGGUAUUACUAGUGAGCAUUGGCUCACAGACUCCUUGUUUUGUUUGUUUGGA